CCGGGGAUAAGGGUCAAGGAGUCCAUAGGCGAAUAUCAAGCUGAACUGGGUUUUGAAAACUGUUUUUUUCCCCCUCGCUUUCAACUAAUAUUCGUAAUAUAAGUUUAGCGAUCAUGUCAGAUGAUGAUAUUAUUGGUCCGGCAUUGCCUCCGAUGUUCAGGAAAAGCAGUGAAGACAACUCAGACGAUGAAGGGUUCGCAGGUCCAGCGCUGCCUCCCGGUUAUAAAGCAGGGACGUCCUCGAGUUCUUCAGACGACAGCGAGCAGGAGGAAGUUGUGUUCAAAAGGUCCAAGGCGGGCGGCAGGUUUGUGGCAACGGGACAUGGACCAUCCGCAGAGAAAAAGCGCAGAGUAGAGGAGGAAGAGGAAGGUUUCUUUGGCCCCGCUCUUCCUCCUGGUUUCCAGGACAACGCAGGUUCCCCAGAGAGGCUCUCGGUGUUAGGACCAGCCUUACCUCCUGGAUUUCGCAGACAAGCAGAUGAUGAUGAAGAAGAUGAUGAUGAUGACGGUGUCUCUGGACCUGCCCUCCCACCAGGCUACACAGCCAGCCAGUCUAGCAGCGAUGAAGGAGAGGAGGAUGUGAUUGGGCCCAUGCCAGCCGGCGGGGCUGUCCAGGGCUCAGUAGCGCUUGACUUUGAGCGUAGAGCACAGAAGAUGAAGGACAAACUGACAAAAGGAGACGAGGGUCCGGAGGAACUGGCCAGGGAGGCAUGGAUGAUGGAGCUUCCUCCAGAGCUGCAGCACAUCGGUCUGGGCGCCCGCACCUUCAAGAAGAAGUCUGGGCCUGCGAACAAGGACCGCUCCGUGUGGACCGACACCCCCGCCGACAGGGAGCGCAAAGCCAGGGAGCGUCAGGAGAAGAAGAAGCGUGGCGAGGAAGAGGAGGUCGACACCCCACAGCUAUCCCAGAAGGACUUGCAGCUCGCCGACAAGGUGUCCCAGUACAACGAAUCCAAGCGUGGCGAGUCUCUGAUCAACCUUCACAAGAAGAAGAUGAAGAGGAAGGCGGAGGAGGAGGGACACAAGGUGGUGGAGCGACGGGCUUUCGACCGGGACAACGACCUCCAGGUGAACCGCUUCGACGAGGCGCAGAAGCAGCGCUUGCUGAAGAAGUCCCAGGAGCUGAACACACGCUUCUCCCACAGCCAAGACCGCAUGUUCCUGUGAGGGAGGACAGCCAGGGCCCUCCUGGGUGCUCCACAGCCAGGGCCCUCCUGGGUGCUCCACAGCCAGGGCCCUGGGCUCUGCGUUGUAGUGUCGGACGGGAGACAAGCGACCAGGAGCCAGUUUUCAACCAGCCAUUCAGAAGAGACAGGGGCCAUUUUGAUUGACUUCUUUUUUUUUUUUUACAUAACUUGUAAGAUCCAUCACCUGUGGGAGUGUGGUCUGGACACAGACAUUUUAAUCUGCUGCCGUCUUGUACAUGGUGUCUGCUUCCACUGCUCAGGGGGAAACCGUGUUUACAACAGGGCUGUGUCCUAAAAUCAGGCAUAUGUGGAACACAGGGACUCUAUGAACAGCAACACUCACGCUAGAGAACUGUGGCAUGCACCAAGGCAUGCUAGUAGAGCAAAAACAAUUUCUUGGUCAUAUAAUAGAGUUGGUUAAAUACCUUGUGUUCAUUUUGUAAUAGUGACGUUUAUAUUAUUCAUGUGUUUAGUUUUUGCUUCUUUUCCAUAUUUAGCGAAAUAUUUCCUU